GCCUAUGAAUUCUAUUAGUUAUCAGGUUUUCAUGUAGACAAACUAGUAGUAAUAAAUACGCGUUAUUGAAAGUAUCUGAACGAAUAUUAAGAUGAUUACAGAAUUAUGGACAAAAAAUAAUACAAUGACUUUGAAGACUUCAAUGAGUCACAUAAUGAAAUACAAGCAUCUUCUGAAAUGGAAAAACAGCGAGUCUAUUUUGGAAGUAGGUUGUGGAGAUGGAACUAACGCUAAACAGGUUAUACUUCCUAUUUUGCCGAAGGAUUAUAAAGAAUUUCACAUUUCCGACAAAGAGCCCAAUUUCGUAAAAUACAUUGAACGAAAUGUUACUAUACCAAAACUGAAAGUUUUUAAACAAGAUGUCGUUGAGGAUGAAGUUCCGAAGGAGCUGGAAAAUAGGUUCGAUCACAUUUUCGGAUUUUUCUUUUUACAUAUGUUAAUGGAUCCAAGAAAAGCAUUGGUGAAUAUUCACAAAAUGUUAAAACCUGGUGGACAAACGUUUUUUAAUUUUUUCGAAUACACCCCAAUAAACAAAGUAAUGCAAAAUAUGGCAAUUCAUCCAAAAUGGGGAAAAUACGAACACAAAGAAAAUGCUUAUUGCUGCCAUGAAAAUCCGUUAGAAGCUUACACUCAAGACUUUAUAACGGCUGGAUUCAAAGACGCAAUUUAUAAUACCGAAAAAGAAACAUGGGAAUUUGAUGAAGGACCUGAAUGGGAAAGUAAGUUAUACAUUAUUUUAAACAAAAUUCUCACCCUAUCUCAACCUAUAUACAAUCUGAAAUCCUUAUUUCCAUAUUCUUCUACCAGAUCCACAUCUCGCAACAACUUUUACUUUCAACAUAGCACAUACCACAGAUUAUUUAUGAUUCUAUCUAUCGUAACAUGGUUAGUCCUUCUAAUCAUUUUAAUGCAUCUGUAAGAUCACAUUUGAAACUUCAAAUCCCUUCAAGAUAUUUUCUACUAGAGACGAGAAUCCAGCUUGAUCUAGCAGAAUAGAAAAAAGUCACACCUGGGAAUUUUCAUUAUGAGUUCGAUGUUUUAUGUCAAAACAUGAUUUUCUAUACAUGUUCAUAGAUCUAGUUUGUUCAAUGCUCUUCACUAUCGUUAUUGAUUUAAUCUUUGUUCAGUAAUAGUACUAAUUAUUUGAUCUUCGGUUCCCAUUCCAACUUAUUUAAACCGAAGCAGAAUUUCGCUCACAACUUUGAAUUUGGUUCUUAUGGUUGUCCACUUGAUCUAAAACUCAAUUUUAUUUUCAACAAUUGCUGUGUCGUUUGAGAAGCUUUAAUUGUAUAACGUUAUUUCCUACACACUUAUUUACCAGUACCCGCGAGUACAUGUUGAAGACACCUUCCUCGUUGUUAUUUUGAUAAAAAACUCAUCCACUUUUUGUUUGUUGUGAUUACAUUGUAUUAUAUUGCGAGAAAGAGUAAACUAUGGAUCAUAAUAUUUUAACAUCUAAACACUGUUAUUUUCAAUCAUUCUACGUGUUCAAAUAUGUCAAAUGUUUUUUGGUCACUAAAUCAGACCUUCACAAAAGAGAAUUUUGAUUUCGGAGUAGUUUAGCAUCGGAUAAGUUGUUUCUUAAUACCGUCUAUUUGAAUAGGUUUUCUUCCAGCGAAAGUUUUGGUUGCUACUGUAACACUUUCAUUCUUUAGUUGCUUCAAAAGUAUACAAAUGGUUACAAUCCUGCAUGUCCACAAGAUAAUACCAACAGAAACGUAAAUCCUUAUAAGAAAAUUGAGAUUUGCUUAAAUCUUUAUCUUUAAUGGUAAAUAUUUUUUACCUCCCUUAUUUUUGUUGAUUAAAAUGACUAACAAAUUCAUAACGAGCUGAAAUAUAUUUGUAUUUUUAUAAACUCGAGGAACAAAACUGAAGAUUUUAUUUUGGAAUCGAUAAUGUUAAACAUGUUAUUUGAGACUGAUUUAUGAUUCACCUCUUAGGUGCAUAAAAUUCUAUUUUAAUUCGUUUCCAAAGAAAAUAUUAAAAGACAUUCUACAGUUUUUUGUUGAUAUAGUUAUCAUUUCCCACAUAGUUUAAAUUCGCCACAAUCACUUUCCUGUAAAAAUAGUUUAGCGGGUGCGCUUGAUAAUUUUUUAAUGGUGUUUCCACUUCAACAAGGAACUAAAAUUGUUUUUACUAAUGGGCAAUGCGUAAGAUCGCAAGAACAACGUCAAAUAUUUGUAUUGAAAGAUAUUGGAAAGGUUUUUAACACAAAUCAUAAUUAUGUACUAGAAUUCGUUACAAAGUUUGGUAAAACUAGAUCCAUCGUUAACACAAAAGAAAUUAAUGGCGAGUUUUGAACAAAACAGCAAAAAUUAAAGUUUUAGGCACCUUUACAUUUCUCCAGAGUGUAGCACGUCAAGUAGGAAUGUCUCACUAAGCAGUAACAAAUCCCUACGGUCAAAGAAAUUUCACCUCUUCCAUAAAAUACAAAUUUUUCAAUAGCAGUUGCAUUUUGAUUAACUGCUGUUGGAAUUGAAAACCAGAAUAUGCUGCACAAUAUUUGAUUUACUAAUGACUGGACGUUUUUUCUUAAUGGGCAUGUUAGGAAGCAAAAUGUUCGCUGCUGAAAGAAAGGUCAAAGGUUAGUGCUGCCAAAAAAUUUUCAAAAUACGUUCUGAUUUGAACGCCCAUUUUUAUAAAAAACAAUGCUAGCGCGAUGCUCUAUUCUCACUGUGACUGAAUUUUCAACCAAAAUAUGACAAAACCUUGAUGUUAAAGAUUAAUUCACAAUCAUCAUCAUUCACUAUGGUUGGACAACCCUUUAAUUAAGUUUCCUAAUUGACAACCUUGUAUGUUGUAUUUAUUGAAGGUUUUUUUGUAGAUUUGCUGGUGUCAGUUAACUCAGUAUUGUCAGAACUUCCUGAAAGUGACAAAGAAGAAUACAUCAGAGAUUAUGUAGAAUAUUGCAGAGCAGUUGGUCCCACGAAAGUCAAAACAGCCGAUGGAAAAUGGAUUAGGAAAGUUGAUAGAAAUAUGUUUGUGGUAGUUGCUAAUAAAACUUGAAUGAGGAAAAACUAUAACAUAUAUUAUAAAAUAUUAAUAUAUACUGAUAAUAUGGAAAAAAAUGAAAAUAAUAAUCUGAAGAUUCAUUUCAA